UGCUGCUACUCGCGAGUCGCGAUACUAACUUCUUUCAACUUGGGAGUGACAGAAAUACCACCGGUGUGACUUCAACAUCCGAGAACUGAAGACUCUUCUUAGGUGAUACUGCGGCGGCACUCAAAAGAAGACAAAGUGUAUUGUUUUUUUUGUGACUCUUGAGACGUGGAACUAAAACUUCUUGGAGGCUUAACUGUUAACAGCGUUUUUGCUGAAAACAACUGAAGAAUUUGAUCGGGACGUUAUUUCUCUUAUGAUGGGAGCAUAUGCAUUGGUGGUGUUUUAUAUGAUGUUCGCCACUUUAACGUGCCUAAAUCUGGGAAGUCCCCCGAACUGCGAUGAAGUACGCAAAGUUUUUCAGCUGAGACAGAUCGGACCGGUGAAAUCCUUACCUGACAAACCGCGGACAGGUAGCGACCUCCAGGUGUGCUCGUCCAGGAAUCUGACCUGCUGCACCAAGAAGAUGGAGGAGCGUUACCAAGUGGCUGCUCGCCGCGACAUCCAGAACCUUCUCCAGGUCUCCAGCUCUCCGCUCAAGUUCCUCAUCUCACGGAACGUGGCAGUGUUUCAAGACACGUUUGAGAGCGUGAUCCUGCAGGCGGAGAACUUCACCACGUCGGUGCUGCAGAGCACGUACGGCGACAUGGCCUCGGAGGCGGCGGGCGCCGUGCGCGAGCUCUUCACCGACGUGGGCCUCUUCGUGCUGGGCUCGGAGCUGAGCGUGGACGAGCCGGCGCAGCGCUUCUUCGACGCGCUCUUCCCGCUGGUCUACGACCGCCUGGUCAACCCGGGCCUGGCGCCCAUCUCGCCCGCCUACGCCGAGUGCGUCCGCUCGGCCCGCCGCGGGCUCCCCGGCGCCCCCUUCGGCGGCGCGCCCGCUCAGCUGGCCGCGCAGGUGUCCCGGGCGGCCGUGCCCGCCCGCGUCUUCCUCCAGGCGCUGCACCUGGGCGUGGAGGUCAUCAACACCACCGACCACCUGCAGCUGAGCCGCGAGUGCAAGCGCGGCCUGCUCAAGAUGACCUACUGCCCGCACUGCCAGGGGCUGACCGGCAGCCGGCCCUGCAUGGGCUACUGCCUGAACGUGCUGCGCGGCUGCCUGGCCAGCCUGGCCGAGGUGGACGCCCACUGGCUGGAGUUCGUCCAGUCGCUGGGCGAGCUGUCCGAGCGCAUGCACGGCGCCCAGGACCUGGAGCAGGUGCUGCUGGGAGCGCACGCGCUCGUGCAGGAGGCGGUGGCGCACGCGCAGAAGAACGGCCCGCGCCUCUCCGUGCAGGUGCACAGGAUCUGUGGGCACCCCAGCAGGGGCGAGGCCCAGGUAAGCAGCGUGCAGGUGGGUGGGAACGGCCGAGACUCCAUCCCCCUCCGAGCCUCACCUCGAGACAUGGACAUCUCCCUGGCCAAUAGGAGGAAGGAGUUUAUAAAUGCCCUGCGCUCGCAUCGCACGUUCUACGGUGGCCUGGCGGACCAGCUCUGCAUGAACGAGCUCAGCUCAGGAGACGGCCUGGCCUGCUGGAACGGAGCCGACGUGGUCAAGAGCUAUACUCUCCGCGUGGUGGGCAAUGGGAUUAAGGCUCAGACGGUAAAUCCCGAAGUCAAAGUCAAGGGAUCGGACCAGGUCAUAAAUCAGAUCAUCGACAAACUGAAGCACAUCAAUCAGCUGUUACAAGGGAAGUCGAUCCCGAAGUUUGGGACUCUGGACGAGAUUGAGACGGGCAGUGGAGACCGAGAGGGACAUUACAGCGGCGACUGCGACGACGAGGACGGCUGCUGGGGCUCAGGAAACGGAGACGUGAAGCGGACGAUCCUGAGGGUCUCCAAACUGACGCCAGAGAAGACCAACAGUCACCGGCACCACCACACAAACACGGCGGACGUUGGAAACGGCGCCUCGGACGGCUUGAGAGCCGGAACUCAGGGGGUUUGUCUGGCCCUGAUUUGGACUUGCGCGCUGACACUGUUGUCAUGGUAAUGUCACUCCAAGAGACUGCUGCCCCCCCCCCCCACACACACACACACACACACACAACCCACCCAAACUCACUCACACACACACACACACACACACACACACAAAUCCAAAUCGACUCGCACACUCAUCUCUUCUCUCCAAAAGACGAAUCUCUUCUUCCCUCUCCUUGGGAAAAUAAUGAUAUAAAUAAAUAAAGGGCGAGAGAAAGCGGCACACUUUGAUGGGCAGGUCGGCGGAGGAAAGGGGGGAUAGCGUUCGUCAGCGGAGACUCCUCGAAGCUGCGAGUCUGUUUGAACACACUGAUGGUGUGUGUUGAGAGGUUAUCAAAGACCAGCACGGAAGGAGAAACAAUCCGGGCGGAGAGGAGAGGAGCGGUGUUGCAAGGAUGUGUACACAGGCAAGAAUGAAGUCCUACAGGAGACACAGGCCCACUUUAUGAGUUUCAUCUGACUGAAAGACCAAUACCAAGAGAUCCUGGAUGAAAAAUUGACAGCUUAAGUCACUUCCAGGAGUUAAAUCAAUCAACGCUGUCUCUUUCCUCAUUGGAAGAGUAUAGAUCCUUCUCUUUUUUUUUUUUUUUUUAAACGAAACACUGACCGUAAUUUAAUCUUUUUUUUGUUUGUUUCAUUAAUAUAUUUGUAAGCUUAGUUGUAAAUGGUAAUAUUUACAGACAUAUUUCUGGGUCUGCAUUUCAUUGGCUUUAUUGCUUGAUGUCAUAGUCUGCUUUUUGAAUAUUCCCUGGUACUAUGUACCUAUUUUAGUUUUACAUAUUGCCAUGCAGCACUGUAAAGAUGUAAAGUUUCCUUUGUUUUGUUUUGAUUUUUUUUUUACAGAUUGUGUUCUUUUUCCCUCCAUACGAUCGCGUAAAACGCACCUUAACAAAAUGUAUUAAUAUACUGUGUUAAUAUACUGUAUAUUUAUACCACGUGUAUAGAGUACAGCAAUAAAGAUUUUC